AGCGCGAACAGCCAUAUCAUAGAUAUAUCGCUCAAGUGACUACAGCUAAUAAUUUCGGUAUAAAACAGGUAUUUCCUUCCUAGUAAUUAUUUUUACAACGUUCAAAAUAAGUAGUUGCUUUGUAAAAAGCCCCAAAGAUGAAAGGCCAGAAAGAAGGGGGUAACAUUUUAAAUAAACAAAAAUACAAAUUUACCUAUAACCCUCAAAAGUCAGUCCAUAGAUAUUAUUCCUGAAAUGCAAAGAUCUCAAAUCGAUAUCAAAAAAUGCUCCAUUUGCAGUAAUUAUAGCAUUGCAGACCUUUGGCAUUCUAGCUGUUAAUUUGUUGAGGUAAUCUGGGACUCUCCUUUGGCCGUCUGAAGCAAUGAGCAGACACAUUGUAGCAUUACAACAUUGGAGUGAUAGUUGCUGGAAAUGGGCCUCUAUACAUCUAGGUAGAUAUUGCACCUCAACCAGACAUUUGCAGUUAGAAUAGUCAUUUACCACAUUAAUAGUGUAUACACUGUAUUUCUGAAUAGUUUAAAAUGAUCUCAAUUUCAAAAUACAGUGCUUUUCUGCCAAAUUAUGGACAAGUGACCCCAAAUUUUUGAAUGUUAGUGUAAUUAUUUAUUGAAAGAUAGUGAUAAAAGUGAUAGUAGAGAUAAUAGUGUUGUGGAUAAAAACAUCACUUUUUUUUUUAACAUUAAAUUACAUUGCAUAUUAAUACAUAUAGUGAUAGUAUAGUUAUAGUUAAUAUUUGAAAAAAAAAUUAUCUGUUUAGGGGUGUUGAGAGCGAGAACAAAAGAGAGAGAGCGAGCAAGAACCUGUGUGAGAUGGGAGUGACUGGGAGCUACAGAUCCAUUAUAAAGUGACCAUGAAUGCCAGGAUGAGAAACAGCAGUGUUUCAGAUUUCUUUAUUUCAUUUUUAGAAAGAGGAGGAGGAUGGUGGAUGCGCACUAGAGAAGAUCAAUAGUUAUUUUAUACACAAAAUAUCUAGGUAAGAAUUUAGAUUAGCAUUGUGUGUAAAUAUUUCUCUUUUUUUACCAUUUCUGUCAGUUUUUCUUCAGGACUAGCUCUGAUGAUGAAUACAGCUGCACUGCUACUGUUUUGUUGCCUGGUCAUGUCUUUAUCUGGGACUCCGCUGUACCCUUCUAUUAGAUUUGGCCAGAGAGACAUGUCUAUUGUGAUGACAUCUUCCAUAAAUAAUCCAGCAGAGCAGCUGAAGGAGGACACAAGCCCAAUUAAGGAGCAAGGAGAGUCACGCUCUGGGCGCAACGCUGAUGCCAUCUUCACAAACAGUUACAGGAAAGUUCUGGGUCAAAUCUCAGCCAGGAAGUUCCUUCAGACAAUCAUGGGCAAGCGUCUGGGGCUGCCGAGUUGAGUUCAGUGGAUUGUGCCAGUGCUCAUCACCACUGCACUUUCAUACCACAUAUCAAUUGUUUUCUUACCUUCACAUAUUCAAAAAAAUUGAUUUUUUAUUUAAAUUUGAAUUAAAAGUUAUAAAAACAAUGUGUGUAAACUCACUUUCACAGAAACUGUCAGCUGUAACAUUUUAUCGGAAUGAAGGUAAAGUAAAUUUGAAUACUGUACACUCACUGGCCACUUUAAUUAACACACAAUACAUGUAAUGUGUAACAUGUAAAGUCUAUUUAAAUCCAAUACAGAAACGUUUUCAUUAAUUCGACUUUUACAAUGUAUACAUUUCUUAGUUUUUAAGUUGAAGCUAUUAGCUUCAGAAUAUCAGUAUUCAUUUAUAUAUAUUCAUUAUUGGGAUUACAGUGGGUAAUUAUGGCUAUUAUGACGGCUUAAAAAACAAUAAAUUAGAACAAACCAGAUUUGACUUUGGUCAAAUUUAUACAUUUGAAUGC